AUGACGAUCGGCAUCCAGACGCUCAACAGAGAGAAUGAAGCCAUUCACUUUAAUGAGAUUCUAAACAGCUACUUCCGAAUGUCGAAAUCCUCUGAUAAACGUCGAAAAAGACCGACAAUUCAGCAAGCACAGAUUCAGUCCACUGAAAAUGAUAGCAAAACAUGUUUAAAGCAGCUUAAGCGACUACUUCGAGACGCUGAUGUGGCAAUACAAUCUCAAUAUAUUCAGAAACUUUACGCAUGUGUUCUUUAUCAGCUCAAACGAGCCAAGACAUCACCUAGUAUUCUCUCGAGAGUAAUGGAGCUCUGUCAGGAGAUUUUCAGACGAUCAGCAAUGUUCCGAGCGCUCAUAGCAACGAAUUCAGCAUCUUUUUUCAAUCAACUUCUACUGUCAGCUGGUGAUAACCCAAAUGCCAAUGUUUCGAGGGCGUUGCGAGCUAGGAGUCGAGACUCAAAGCAGGUACUAGCAGUAUUAACGCUGAUUGAGACUUGGAAGCAGGAGUUCGGAGAGCGAUAUCCAUCAAUGGUAGCGGGUUAUAGUACAUUAGUGGAGCGAGGGUAUUGCUUUCCAAACAAACGUGAGAAGCAGCAAAAAGAGAGCGAAAUAGAGGCAGAAAGAGAAAGACAUCGCGAGCAAGUGCUACAUGUUAAAAGACAGCAACGUGAUCGCGAGAUGAAGCAGUUUGUGCCGGAAAUGGAAAUUGUGCUCAUUGAGAUGAAUCGCGUGUUUGAGAUUCUGAUCCCGACAUUGGAUACAUUUUUAGUAGGAGAUCAUAAUCACGAAGAGAGGAAAGAAGCAUUAUCGGCAGGGCAUAGGAAGUUUUAUAAUACCGAAGAGAUAGACGAAGAGUCUAGUGGGCGUGGUAGUGCCCUUACGAAGGAACAUUAUGGAGAAAACCUUCAGUGGGAGAAAGAGUCGAUUCUAAAUACGAAUCUUGAAGCUGAAACUGAGGAAAGUGUGGAAUGGGAGAGUGUCAUCGGAAAUGAAGAUGACGCAUCUGACAAAAACGUAAUCGCAAGUCAGAGUAGCGAUGAAGAUCAGAUGGACGUUAAUGAUAUUGUACAGAAGUACGGGCUUGGUAGCUCUUCUUACCAGUUAACAGUUGAAGUACCAAACAAGAUGUGUGAAGAAUCUUCAGAUAACGACGCACUGUUUAAAGCUCUUGCCGAUAGUGCUAUCCGCAUUCGGAAACGAUUUCUACCACUUCUAUCAGACUGGCAACAACACUCUACGUUGACAGAUCAGAGCUCAUCCAGUCCUUCGGUACUUCCGUCACAACGUGAGAUCUUACAACAAAUACUUGAUUUGCGUGAUCGAAUGACGCGUGCGCUGCUUAAGUGGGAUGAUCUCAAUGGCUCGAAAGUAGUACAAGAUGAAACGUUUGUUCAGUCAGCGGUCGUUUCGCUACCUCUCGAGUCCUACAGUUCACCCACUAAGCGCAGACGUCAGCAAUGA